GUUAUUUCAUAUUUAAAAUGCGUCAGUUUAUUCUUCACACAAAUGUAUCUUAAUAUAUUUUUAAUCCCAUCAUUUCAUUAUUUAUAUUUUGCAAAGAUAAAACGCUUCAUCUUACAGAUGUGUGAGUGACCAUCGUGUGGCAUCAGAUGUAAUCAGUUGAGUACCAUGGGGCUUGUUUACAUCUAAAACCAAGUUUGCCAAUAGGAUGAGUGAGCAUGGAGACAGCAUUGUCCCGUUUAACCCCGCAGAACUCAGGUCAGGAGAACCAGCUUGUAAAACAGAUAUUACUGUUCUAAGUGUAGACCUGAAAACAGAGAAGAGCAACAAGGAAGAGCUCAAAGACAUCAAGAAGCCAUAUGAUGGUACCAAACUGCUUCAGGAUGAGCAUAACAAGGACACCAAGUUUAGUCCAUAUCAGCCUCGACCUCCCUCUCUUCCGAAGCCCACGGGAUUGGGCAUGGGGGGUAAAAACAUCUCAUUUGAGGAGAAGGUGAGGGGGAGAAGAUUGAGGAGCAGCCAGGAGAGUCUCACGGACCCAGGAGAGACGGGCUCUUCCACUGAUUCGCUUAAAGACACCACCUCAGUGAAUGGCCAGAGCCUUGCAUCUGGACGUCCACUCGAUCUCCCACCCAUGGAGACACCACCGUUCAUGAUUAGGACCGGAAGCUUCUCCGAGACUGACGUGUCCCCUUGUGAGCAUUUUGAUCUGAAUAAAGAGCGAAUUAAACCAUCCAGAAUUAUUCUGUCCCCACUGCAGCUCACUGGGACAUGUCCUCCUCUGGAGAACAGCGCAGCCUCCGUGUCCUUAAGGACAACUAAUCGGAUUGACAAGGAUUGUUUGGAUUACAGUGUGGUGGGGAGAAAGGGGCGGUCGGAGAGGCUUCAGAGGAAUCUGAGCGAUAGCCGGCUGUUAGACACCAUGGUGUCAGACAAUACCUCUGUCCAUUCCAUGAAGUCCACCUAUAGCGUUCUGAACCCCAUCAGACCCCGGGAUGUGAGGAACAGGAGCUUUCUGGAGGGCAGUGUUUUGGGUAAUGGUGCCUUGCUGGGGGCAGAAGAGCUAGACCGCUACUUCCCAGAGAGACGACUUGGUAUCUACGUCGCCACAUGGAACAUGCAGGGAGAGAAGGGGCUUCCAUACAACCUAGAUGAUCUUCUGCUCCCAACUGACACAGACUUUGCACAGGACGUCUACAUUAUAGGAGUUCAGGAAGGUUGUCCAGAUAGGAGGGAGUGGGAGAUCCGCCUGCAGGAAACUCUUGGGCCGUAUUACGUGAUGCUGUAUGCAGCAGCCCAUGGAGUUCUCUGUCUCACUAUAUUUGUCAGGAGAGACCUCAUAUGGUUCUGUUCAGAGGUGGAACAUGCUACAGUGACAACCCGAAUCAUAUCUCAGAUUAAGACUAAAGGAGCUGUGGGUAUCUGCUUCACUUUUUUUGGGACAUCCUUCCUCUUUAUUACAUCACAUUUCACCUCUGGAGAUUCUAAAGUAUAUGAGAGGAUCUUAGACUAUAACAAAAUCAUAGAAGCUUUGGCUCUUCCUAGAAACCUUCCUGAUACCAACCCUUACCGCUCCACCACCUGUGAUGUCACAACCCGUUUUGAUGAAGUCUUCUGGUUUGGAGAUUUCAACUUCCGCCUGAAUAAAGCCAGAGCAGAGGUGGAGGCCAUUUUGAAUCAGUGUAUAGGUGCAGAUAUGAGCCCACUAUUACAACAUGACCAGCUGUUGAAAGAAAUGAAGGAAGGUUCCAUUUUUAAAGGGUUUCAGGAAGCAUCUAUUCACUUUCCACCUACUUACAAGUACGACAUUGGUUGUGACGUCUAUGACACCACCACAAAGCAGAGAACACCCUCAUAUACAGAUCGGAUUCUUUAUCGAAACAGACAAGCAGAUGACAUUAAAGUCAUCAAGUACACGUCUUGCUCAUCCAUUAAGACAUCAGAUCACCGGCCUGUUAUCGGCAUGUUUCAGGUCAAACUUCGUCCGGGUAGAGAUAACAUUCCUUUGGGUGCUGGCCAGUUUGACAGGAGCCUGUACCUCGAAGGAAUCCGAAGGAGAAUCACAAGGGAGUUGAAAAAGAGAGAGGCAGCCAUGAAAAACCAGAAUAACAGUACAGUUUGCACCAUAUCCUGAUCUUGGACCAAUGUGUGAGAGCCAUAGGGUGCUAAAACUGAUCAUUUUAAACACCGAGCUACUGAUUUGGAAAGCUGGACUUUCAGGACCAAAGGAUAACUCGGUUACUACAGAUGUCAUGGCACUGAAGUGCACAGCCCAGGGACCAAAUGACUGCAGCUGGAUGUUUAGCAGCUAGUGUUGGAACUAUAAAAUAUUAUGACUUUAUGGCCAAGUUUCACAGACAGGGCUUAGAUUUAGACAGGAUUAGACCUUAGUUCAAUUAGGUCAUUUAAGUAGCUUUUAUAAACAUGCCUUAGAAAAAAACACAUUAUUGGUGUGCAUUUAGACAAAACAAUGCCACUGACAUAUUUUAAGAUAUGUCAGUGCAAGUUGCUUUCAGUUAAGACAGCUCAAACAUACAUUUUAGUCUAGGACUAGGCUUAAGCCUUGUCUGUGAAACCAGGGGUAUAAAUGUAUAAAUUAUACUGAUCAGAGUAAAUUAAGUUAACUGUACUGUACAUCCAUUAUUCCUAAUUUGUUUUUUUUUGUAUUAUUUCAUAUUCUGGUAUUUAACUUGCAAGCCGAAAGUCUGUUCUUUGUAUGGUUUUAACUGAUAGUGUUUCAUGGUCUUGUUAAACCAUUAGCUCAACUUCUAAACUUUAACUGACACUCUAAACACCUCAUACCAGUACUGGGUAGCUGAUCCUCCUAGUUUUAUUGGCACCUGGGUCUCACUUUUAAACAGUUUAACAAUGUGCUAACAGUGGUACAACUUUUUAAAAGGAAACUGUACUGUAGCAUCAUUACCAGCAAAUAUGAGGGAGAAUUGGUGUUAGCAGCUGUUUAUUUAUUGAUUGUCAUUGAUAGGUGAAUGUGGUGUAUCAUGUAGAGAAGCUGACCUUUGGAUAAAAUGUGUGCAAAAUCUAAGUGAAGAGGCACAGACUAUACUUGUUUACUGCCUUAACUGUUAAAAUUCAGCUUACUUGAUGUCAAGUGCGACAUGCGUAUGGGAGCGGGAACGAACAUAGUAUUGGUAUUGCUUGCGCAUGGAUCUCAGUGACUGUGAUGUAACAGUAAGUCACGCAUUCACAUCAUGAAUUUCAGUUCUAUUUGUACUGAAAGUGCCUGCGAUCUUGCUCAUGAUUGCCUCAGUGACUUCAAAUACAUUCUGCUGUUUAAAACCAAAUAAUAGCCUGUUACAAAUAUUUGUUUACAAUGUAAAGUAAUACAAAAACUGACUCAUG